UAAACAUCAAAGGAUGAAUUGCACAAUUCUAUUGAGCUUCCUUGUGGUUAUUAUUGGAGCAGGACAUGCUCAGAUUGAUCCUGAAUUCACGGCUAGAGCCCGACAAAUGCUCGCCAUCUUUGACAACCAAUCGGUUGAUAAUUACACUAAGAACCGAAAUUUGCCCGCACUGGUUGAGUUCUAUGAGAAGUACUCCAAUCGGCUACAACUAUCUUCUCAAGAUCGGUCAUAUGCCAACAAUGUGGUAAGAAGAUAUAGGGCCCAAAAGGCACUCAAAGUGGAUGGUGUUCCUGCCCAGGGAGGAUUCUGGCUUAUAAUACCCUUGGUACUUCCCUUUGUUGUGUCUAUUGUGGAAGGUAUUGCUAAGGCAGUGGCCAAUUGAUCAGCAAAACUUAGGAAAACUCCAGUCUAAUAAUGAUAUUUCUUC